GGUGAUAGAGAGACGUGACUCCAGCAUCAGUAGCGAGGCAGCAGGCGCAGGGCUCGGACUAGGACCAUGUGUACACAAUCAGGCUCCUCUAUGGCCCUCACGCUCUCCAUUACUACCACGCUCCUCAUCCUCCUUCUUCUAUGCCACAAUGGUGUGGGCAAGAUGGUGGCCCGGUGCCCCGUUGAGUGGCAGCAGCGAGGCGGCAUUGACCAGUGUUACCUCAUCCACAACAGAGGUCACUCCAGGUCGUUCACAGACGCCAGGUCGUACUGCAGGGCCCACGGUGGCGACCUGGCCAUUGUCGGCAGCGCCGCUAUGCGUGACUGGCUGGUGGGCGCCGUGGCGGAGACUGGAGACGUCGGCCAGGACGCCUACAUGUGGGUCGGCGCUCAACUGGUCGACGACACCUGGAAAUGGAUAGAAAUUGGAGUGGAUGUCGACACUUCCGUGACGGCGUUUGAGGACACGGGGGAGGGGAAUUGCGCCGCUUUCACCCUGAACGGCAAACUGAUCAAGCAGGACUGCUCACAACAGCUCAAGUUCACCUGCCACCGAAACAUCACUAUCCCGCCACCCUGUGACUACGAUGACGGCUGGGACGAGAUGGACAACUAUUGUUACAAGAAAUCGGAGUUCGUAGACUCGUGGCACGACGGCCUGAUUGAGUGCAAGAUAGAGGGCGGCUCCCUGCUGAGCAUCGUGACGCUGACAGAGCAGCAGAUGGCCACAGACCUGGCAGCGGACCUUCACGACAACGUCUGGAUUGGUCUGACGGAGGAGGAUCAUCCGGGGGAGUUUACCUGGGCGGACGGCGAGGUCACCAACUACACUAACUGGGAGGACGGGCAGCCUGACCUGUCUCUGAAUGGGUACGGUGCUGGGGCCGUGGACGCCUCGGACGCUGACGGUCGCUGGGUGGUGGAGAAGGUCACCGAGGAGUUCCACUUCAUGUGCAAGAAAGCUCAAGGCGCGUGUCUGCCGGGCUGGGAGGUGUUCGAGAACUCCUGCUACUACUUCAACACGGAGGUGGAGGACCUGGUGGUGUGGCAGGACGCCAAGAGUACCUGCGAAGCCGUCGGCGCCGCCCUGGUCGUCCUCGACACUGAGCAGGAGGACGCCUUCUUCUAUAGCCACAUCCCGGAGUCAGACCAGCUCUGGAUUGGUCUUUACAGUAAACCGGGUGACAACAUCUACUGGACGGAUGGGACUACUAUGGACAGUAAGAACUUCACCAAGAUGACGGCUCAAGACAGAACUGACGCUCUCAGUGCGCAGGAUCAACAAUGUGUCUUCUUUGAGAUUGGUGAGUCGGCGCUGACUAUCCCGACGUCGUCCUGGGUGCCAACUGACUGUCUCGUCCCUCGGCACUACGCCUGCGAGGUGCCAGCUGGCACCCCUGUCAUCCUCAUCCCUCCCUCUGAUGAACGGUACUGUCCAGAUGGCUGGGAACAGAACGGCGACCACUGCUUCCUGUUCAGCACUCAAGAGAUGACGUGGACAGCCGCCUCCUCUGCCUGCUCCUCCCAAAACGCCAAGCUCGUCUCCAUCCACACCUGGACAGAACAAGAUUUUGUACACGACCGCCAGGGAGGGGGAAGUUGGCUUGGCUUGAAUGAACGCCAGUCUCCUGACGCUUGGCGCUGGAGCGACGGUUCCAGCCUCACGAUCACCAACUGGAAUGUCGGAGAACCCUCUGGCAACGAGAACUGCGUCCAGAUGCUGGAAGAUACAGGCAAAUGGAACGACUUUCCUUGCGACCAAACGUUACCGUACACAUGCAAGAUGGCGGCCUCCACCACCCCCAUCGGCACCAUCACCACCACCACAGCCCAGCCAGACACUUCAGCGUGCGGUUGGGACUGGACAGAGAACCCGGUGACGGGGGAGUGUUACCGCCUGGAGCUGGAGGAGCUGACCUUCGCUGACGCCCGCGCCGUGUGUCUGGAGCAGUGGUACGGCGAGGGACAGUCCUCGCCAGACCUCGUCUCCCUCUACUCUUCACAGGAGCAGUCAUUUGUUUUCGACCUGGUGGCUAGACAGGACCUGAGCCAGACGGGGCUGUGGAUUGGCAUGAUGAACGACAUUGACGGCAACAGAUGGAUGGACGGAACACCCGGAGCUUACUUCAACUGGGCUGACGGUGAACCCAGCAGCUAUUAUUACGAAGAGAACUGUAUUGAGAUGUACUCGGACACGGGCAAGUGGAAUGACAUCGACUGCGCUCUCCGUUUUGCAUUUAUAUGUGAGAAAAAAGGUCGUAACUACGUGGGUCCCCAACCACCUCCGCCCCCUGAAGUGACGUGCCCGAGCGGGUGGAGCUACUGGAACAACCACUGUUACUACCUCUCCCCGACCACCGCCGACUGGGACACCGCCCACGGCUCCUGUAACGACUUGCUGGGCAGCGAACUCGUGUCCGUAGGCAGCGCUGACGAAGACGACUACCUCACUACGCUGAUGAGCAGUGGGUACAUCAACAUUUGGAUGGGUCUUCACGAUGACGACAACGGCGCCAACUGGCACUGGGUGGACGGCUCGCCCUUCGUCUUCACUAACUGGUACUCUGGGGAACCUAAUAACCAAGGUGGAGUCGAACACUGCGCGGAGAAGAGGUCAGACUACUGGUACACGUGGAACGACAUGCCGUGCUCACAGCUCAAUUAUUACGUCUGCAAGAUUAACGUCAAAACUUGCCCACAGACCUGGACAUAUGAGAAGAAAAAGUGUUACUUCGCCAGCGACUACGAGAUGACUUGGCAAGAGGCACGUGACAAGUGUCAAGGGUUCAACAUGGAGGCAGACCUCGUCAGUAUUCACUCAGAUGACGAAAACUCAUUUUUCACAGAGCUGUUGAGGCACAUGAGCGACGCCACGUGGCUGGGGCUGAAGUAUGAGGACACCAGCGCUCAGUGGGGCUGGAGCGACGGCCAGCUCAACAACUACACCAACUGGAACACGGGCGAACCCAACGCUAUGGACAAUGAGUGGUGCACAGAGAUCAUCGACUACCCUAAUGACCCCAGCCAUGGCAAGUGGAACAACUUGGCGUGUACUGAAUCCAGGGCUUUCGGCUGCGAAUUAUUCCCAACACACACGGUCGGCUGUGAAGAUGGCUGGACCAACUUCAACGGCUACUGCUACAUGUAUAGUUACGGCGACUACUCAAAUUACAUGAGUUACAGCAAAGCCCGGGUGGCGUGUCAGGGCCUGGGCGGGGACCUCGCCUCCAUCCACACGGCAGAAGAAGAGGACUUCUUGAUUUCUCUUCUCAGCACUUUCGGUACCUUUGAUUCUGUUUGGAUUGGCUUGGUAGAUACUGCCCACUCAGGAGAAUACCAGUGGAGUGAUGGUACAUCUGUCACCUAUACCAAUUGGGAUACCAUAGACAAUCUUUAUUUCACCUCAGACCCUUUUUGUGUAUCAAUUUUCUUGUAUGCUGAAGCAAAAUGGGAACGAGAAGACUGUAACACAAUUAAUGAUUAUGUCUGCAAGAAGCCUCAAGAAGCCACACCCAUCAAUCCAUCCCAGACCGGCUGCUAUGAGGAUGACGGAGCGUAUAAAGCUUCCUGUUACAAGCUGUUGGACGUGAAGCUGUCGUGGAGUCAGGCCAAGUCUGCCUGUGAGUCUCAGGGAGCGAACCUUUUGGUGAUAGAUGACAGGUACGAGAAUGCUUUCGUAGCUGCCUUCCUGGGAGACCUUGACAGCUGGGUCUGGACUGGUCUCUCAGCCGCCGUCGAUGAAGAUGGCUCCAUCUCCUUCACUUGGGUCAAUGGCGAUCCUGUCGACUUUUCCAACUGGGACGAAUUUCAGCCAGAUGUCAGCCACGGGACGUGCGUGGUGGCUUCCGGCAAGAAGUCCAACCCAGGCUUGUGGAUCGUGAGGAACUGUGAGGAUACCUACAGCUAUAUCUGUGAGUAUGACCGCAGCGGGUACACCUCGCCUCCGGUACCUACCACAUUGUCCCCCGGCGCCUACUGCGCCUAUGGCUGGAGUCACCAAGACGACCGCUGCUAUCAGGUGUUCUCGGAGGCACUGCCGUGGGGCCGGGCGGAGGAACUGUGCGUGUCUGUCGGGGGUCACCUCGCUAGUGUCGGCAGCGCUGACGAGGAAACGAUCAUACAACAGCUGGCAGGCAUGAGUGACCUCCAGCCAACCUACCAGGCUGUGUGGGUUGGCCUUAGGCUGGGCUCCGAGUCAGGUUACGAAUGGUCGGACGGAACUGCCCUGGACUAUGUGAACUGGGCGGAGGGUCAGCCGGAUAGUUAUUAUGGCAGAGAGAACUGCGGCUCUGCUGAUACCACCUCCAUGAAGCUCUCUGACAGUGUCUGUGAAGCUUUCCUCCCGUUUGUCUGUGAGGCAGCUCAAGGAACUAUGGUGACAACUUUGGCCCCUCCAACAAGAGGUCCUGACAUACUGUGUGAUGAUGACGCCUCCUGGCUUAUGUACGAGGACCACUGCUACAAGUUUAUCUCUGAAGCUGACGAGGACCCUCAGGACUGGUGGGGUUCUCAUAAGCUCUGUAGGAAGGAAGGAGCAGAGCUGGUCUCCAUCCAUACUUACGACGAGAAUUACUGGAUUGAGUCAAAGAUUAGCAACCUCUCAGACAACGACCUCUGGAUAGGUGGUCACUCCAAGCUGGACUCCGGCUACGACUGGCUGGAUGAGACUGCCUUCGACUUCGACAACUGGGCCAAGGGCGAACCCAACAACGAGUACGACCAAGAAGACUGUUUGAGCAUGUACAACCACAAACAAGGGUACUGGAAUGACUACAACUGUGCUCACACUCUGGGCCGCAUCUGUAAGCGCCUCCACGGCCAGACCUUCCCUCCCCCAGUCACCACUAAGGCUCCAGACGGCCAUUGUCCACAAGGCUGGCUCCACGCCGGUACCAAGUGCAUCCUGGCCUUCAGCGAGAAGAUGAACUUCACGUCAGCCCGCUCGGCCUGUAGGAACCUGGGUUAUGAUGCUAACUUGGCGAGUAUACACUCAGCAGCAGAGCAGGCCUACCUGACGGCGCUGGUGGGGGUCGAGCAGCAGGAGGUGUGGCUGGGGAUGCAGUACAUGGGAGAGUUCAUAUGGGUGGACCAGACCUCCGUCUCCUACACCAACUGGGCCUCGGGGGAACCCAACGGAGGACCAGACUGGAACCUGUGUGUUGACGUCUCCCCUGCAACAGGCCGCUGGAAUGAUGUCUCCUGCUCCGACCUCUAUGGUUAUGUCUGCAUGAUGAAGCAAGACCCGAGCCUGGAUGACCACCACCCGCCCCCGGCCUGCUCCGCCCCCUACGACCAGUACAUCGCCUACAACGACGGCUGCUACAGACCCUCCAACGUUACUAAGUCCUGGCAGGAAGCAGAGUCGACUUGUGUGAGUGAAGGAGCUCACUUGGCCUCAGUCCAUGACCUCGCUGAGGACGCCUUCAUGUGGGUCCUGGCUCAAGAGAUCUCUGUUGAUGACGCAUGGAUCGGUUUCAAUAAUUUACAGGACGAGCAAGUGUACCGGUGGAGCGACGGGUGGCCGGCCAUGUACUCCAACUGGGACAACGGGCAGCCUAAUGCGUCUGUCAGCGCCUGCGUCAGGGUCAAGUCGGCCAACGGUCGCUGGUCAGCUGAGAGCUGCGACGGUGUCAGGCCUUUCAUCUGUAAAUUUUACAAUGGGACGGUGCCGACCCCAGACCCGCCUCUCACCGGCCGCUGUCCUGACUCCCGCUGGCUCGACCUUGGUGGCGGCUACUGCUAUCUCUUCAUCAAGGACCUCAAGUCCUGGAGUGAUGCCAAUAUGGGAUGCUUGCAGGAGGCUGCCAACCUAGCAUCAGUCCAUUCAGAAGACGAGAUGAAGCUCAUCACCAUGACAACCAAGAAUAUGCAAUUUCCACUGUGGAUUGGCCUUGUGCAGAAGUCACAUGGAGACUUUGGCUGGAGUGAUGGCACUGGCUUCGACUUCACCAAUUGGCAAGAUGGUCAGCCUAGCAGCGAGGAGGAGCAGUGCACAGAGGUCAGCCAGACCUCUGGCCUCUGGAACGAUGGCAUCUGCUCAAACCUAAGAUAUUCCAUCUGUAAAAUAUUAAAAAUCCAAGACCAUGACCCAACGAGCAAUAACAAACCUACUCCAGCUGUCACCACUCACUCUCCAGGCAGAGGUGGCGGAGGUCUGGGUGCAGGUGGCGUGGCUGGUAUCGUCAUCGCCGUCCUCUUCCUGAUGGCGGCCGUGAGCUUCGUUGGCUACAGCUUCGUCCAGAAGUCAAAGAAAGUUCAACAACCUGGAAUUUUGAGCUUCAGCAACACGUUAUAUUCUGCAGAUGAAAGAGGACAAGUUAAUAUGAACAACACCAAUGGAAUUUCUGAAGCCUAAGACAAUGAGAGCGUGAGGCCGCCAGCUCCACCCUCAAGUGACCGUAGUGGCAGCAUGGAGCAGCAACACAGCUUGUGUGGAGGCCGCCUGAAAGUAACUUAAGUGAAAGAAUGAUAAGUGAUGAGGACUAUAUUCCAGCAAUAUAUAUAUUGGAUAUUUAGCAUCAAGGUACAAGCACAUGUAAUAGUAUAACAGUAUAUUAAUGAUGUUACCUAAGGUAAGAAUUAGUAUUACACUUGUCUCUGUUGUAUGCCUCUGUGAAAUUUUAAAUUGCUAAUCAUGAACUUAAUAAAUAAUAAUUAAUAAUUACCUAAAUAUAUACAGAUAUUAUUUUUACGCUAAACUGUGCUUUUGAAUCUAUAAUCUGGAAGAAGUUAUAAUAUAUACUUUUCGCAAGGAAGUAUAUUUUGCUUUUGUGAUGAAAUUUGUGUAAUUAUGAAACACAAAGCCUAUAUUAUUUUAUAAAUACAAAUUAAUCACACACAUACCCCCACACACACACACACACACACACAUAUAUAUAUAUAUAUAUAUAUAUAUAUAUAUAUAUAUAUAUAUAUAUAUAUAUAUAAUAUGUAUAUAUUAUAUAUCUGUGGACGAGAAUGUCAAAGGCUCGAGGCCAGACGCUCAGGGAUAGCAUCACCCAACUGUUCAAGAUGACACAUGGGCAGUAUGUGAUUGUCAUAGGCUGGUCGAGGUCAUCCACAUUACCCCUCCUCCAGUAAGAAAUAUUGUAGGUAAGGUGAGAGGAAGGGCGAAGCGUAUAUGAAAAAGUAUCACCAACUUCAGACUUUACUUCACGAUUCACGAAAAUCUUGAGGGGUGGAUUGGGUCGCUAGCGAUACCGGUAUUUCUUACAUUUCUAAGUCCGAGUUAACCUUAGGACACCUUCAUUAUAAUUUUCCAGCUGUACCUCCCCAGUCAAACUUAUUUUCCCUGAUAAUGUUGUCCUUGGGCCCGACCUCUACAUGCCUAUGGUAGGUCCUGACGGCUGAGUGGACAGCACUCGGGAUUCGUAAUCCUAAGGUUCAGGGUUCGAUUCUCGGCGAAGGCGGAAACAAAUGGGCAGAGUCUCUUUUCCCCCUGAUGAUUCUGUUGACCUAGUAGUAAACAGGUACCUGAGAGUUAGACAGCUGCUUUCUUUGGAUAUGUUAAAAAAGGAGGCAUAGUCGAGGACCGGGCCGCGGGAACGCUAAGCCCUGAAAUCCUUUCAAGAUAACCCCCACGGCUCCUCCGCCCAUGUGUCAUCUUGUAGGCUUCGAUGAGGCUAGCACCAAGAGCCAGCCCUUAACCUCACACAAACUGACACUCUCUCACGGAUAUAGAUAUAUACUCUACUGUAUUUGUGUCACUGACGUUCUCCCUCUGCAGUAUUUUCUACGUUGAUAUCAUUCAGUGGCUGAAAAUAGUGGUCAAUAAAAUGUCUGUGAUUGGACCAGUGGUCAACUUGUAAAUGUCAGAUAUAUUUAGCACAUUAAUUAUUUUGUAUAACAUAUAUGUGCUCUAUUUGGAAAAUCAUAAUUCAUGGAUAUAUAGAUCUGACUCAUCGAGUUGUACUGUCAUAUAUGUAGACAUGUUUGUCUAUUUAAAAUAAAGUCUUGUUAAUAGAAA